CAUUAAGACGCGCCGCGAUGCUGGGUUUGUUGUGAACCGGCAGAAGAAAGUAAAAUGGCAGUGUCCAAACCCAGAAUAAAAUCCUGAUGAAGCUACUGAGAUCCAUGUGACAUCCUGUUAGACAUCCUGAAGAUGGCAUUAAUUAAAGAGGAGCGUGGAGACAUGAAGAUUGAAGAAACAUUUAGAGCGAGACAAGAAGAUCCCGAGGAACUAACAGAACUGAUGUCAUUGAAAGAGGAGAGUGACCUGCUGACUGAUAUGGAAGAGAAAGAUCAAUAUGAGAAACAUCAUGGUUUGAUAACUGGAGAUGAAUCUUUUAGUUGCUCACAGACUGAGAAUACUUCCUCAGGAAAGAUAGCUCAUCAAAAGAUAGGAACAAGAAGUUAUUUUGCCUGCUUUCACUGUGGGAAGAGUUUCAGUCGACAUGAAAACCUUCAGGUCCACCUAGAACUUCACACUGGAGAGGAGUCUUAUACAUACCCUCAAUGUGGAAAACAAGAUGGGAGACUUCAAGUCCACACAAGAUUUCACACUGGAGAGAGCCCUUUGACCUGCCAACAAUGUGGAAACAUAUUUACUCAAAAAGGAAGCCUUAACAGGCACAUGAGAAUUCACAUUGGAGGGAAGCCUUACACGUGCUUUCAGUGUGGAAAGAGUUUUGAUCAACAUGGGAAUCUUAAGGUCCACAUGAGAGUUCACACUGGAGAGAGUCCUUUCACCUGUCAGCAGUGUGGAAAAAGUUUUAGCCGAAAAGGAAACCUUAAUUAUCACAUGAGAGUUCACACUGGUGAGAGUCCUUUCACCUGUCAACAUUGUGGAAUAAGUUUCACUGUAAAAGGAAGCCUUACCAGGCACAUGAGAAUUCACACUGGAGAGAAGCCUUACACAUGCCCUCAGUGUGGAGAAAGUUUCGAACAGCAUGGGAACCUUAAGGUCCACAUGAGAAUUCACACCGGAGAAAAGCCCUACACAUGCCCUCAGUGUGGAAAGAGUUUCGAUCAACACUGGAACCUUAAAGUCCACAUGAGAGUUCACACUGGAGAGAAGCCUUACAAAUGCACUCAGUGUGGAAAGAGUUUCGAUCGACAUGGAAACUUUAAAGCCCAUGUGAGAGUUCAUACUGGAGAGAAGCCUUACACAUGCACUCAGUGUGAUAAGAGUUUCACUCAAAAAGGACACCUUGAAGUCCACAUGAGAAUUCACACUGGAGAGAAGCCUUUCACCUGCCAACAAUGUGGAAAAAGUUUCAGCCAAAAAGAAAUCCUUGACAGGCACGUGAAUAUUCACACUGGAGAGGAUGAGUUUAGAUCCACAUGGACAUCAUAAAGCCCACAUAAAAAUUCACACUGGAGAGAGACAUUUAUAUUUGGUCAGUGUGGGAAGAGUUUACGAUAUAAUGCAUCCCUUAAUUACUACAUGCAGAUUCACCUAACCCUUCUAAGCUGUUCAAGGUCUUUUUAAUGCCAAAUGACAUUUGCUAAAAAUAUAUAUUUAAAAAAAAUUUUCCCUUUAUCAAAAUGUCAAGAGACUGUAUAUGCCUGUGGACACUUGCUAACUUAACAACUAAAAAAAUAAUAAUUGGAUUGAUAUAUUGUUGUAUGUUAGUGUGGGAGGGGGAAAAAGUCACACUCAGGAUGUUUGAAAUGACCCCACAUUGAAAUGAAUGGGGAAAUGAUAAAAUUAAUACUUUUUCUUUAUAAUUUGUCCAAUAAAAUCACUAAAUCCGCCACAA